GAGCGGACGCGGCGGGAGCUGCUUCUUCGGGGCGCCGAUGGCCAAGUGGGGAGAAGGGGACCCGCGCUGGAUCGUGGAGCAGCGCGCCGAUGCAACCAACGUCAAUAACUGGCACUGAUUAAUCCAUUGUUGAUUGGACAAUCUCCAUAACUACGCAGCACCUCUUUGUACAAUUAUAGUCUAUGUGCCAGGUUCCAGUAACAAAAAGAACAACUGUUAUCAUCAUACUGUGACUGAAAGAGAUGCAUCUAGCUGGUCUUCAGAGAAGCUGAAAACACUUUUUCUGACUGUUAGAGUUGAGAAUGAAGAGGGGACUUGUGAAGUGACAGAAGUGAGCAAAUUAGAUGGGGAAGCCUCUAUCAACAACCGCAAAGGAAAACUGAUUUUCUUUUAUGAAUGGAACAUUAAAUUGUCUUGGAAAGGCACCUCAAAAACAGGUGUAAUAUAUAAAGGUCAUGUGGAGAUUCCCAAUCUUUCAGAUGAAAAUGACAUGGAUGACAUUGAGAUCAAUGUUGGUCUUGCAAAAGAUGAACCAGAUACAAACCUGCUAUACUUGAUGAAGCAAGAAGGUGCAAAGCAGAUCAGCAACGCUAUGGAAACUUACAUCAGCACUCUUAAAACAGAAUUUACCCAAGGCAUGAUUCUGCCUACACUAAAUGGUGAACAGUCAGAGUCACAGAAUCAUCCUGUGCCUAAAGCAGUAAAGCACAAGAUUAAUGAACAAGUUGCUGGCAACAGUUCUGCAUCUAAAUCGGUUGGAGUUAAGAUUCCUACCUGCAAGAUAAAUUUGAAGGAUAUUUUCCUGACAUCCCCAGAGGAUCUCUACAGAGUAUUCAUUACCCAAGAGAUGGUACAAGCUUUUACUCACUCAUCUGCUGUUGUGGAGGCCGAUAAAGGAGGAAAGUUCCAACUGUUAAAUGGGAUCGUCACUGGCGAGUUCAUUGAACUAGUUUCUGCAAAGCAGAUUGCUAUGAAAUGGAGAUUUAAGUCCUGGCCAGAGGGACACUUUGCAACUAUCGUAUUGAGCUUCAUCGACAAGGGUAAUGAAACAGAAGUCUGUCUAGAAGGGAAGGGCAUCCCAGCCACUGAAGAAGAGAGAACAAAAGAGGGCUGGCAACGUUAUUAUUUUGAGGGUAUUAAACAGACGUUCGGCUAUGGAGCCCGAUUGUUUUAAUGUUGGCUACCGUGGAGUUUCUUCCCAAAGAUUCUGCCAUGUGAACUGAUUCACCUCUUGUGUGUUCUUUCUUAUCCUCUGUUUCACUAUUGUGACAAGCAGGAUGGCCCCGAAGGCCACUGAGCAGCACCAAUUCCAACCCUUCCCUGCCUGUGCAGGUCUUCUAUUUCAUGGGUUUCAAAGGUGGGAUUCUCAUAAAUGUACAUAUACCUUGUAUUGCUAAAUAAACUUAACUUAAAGAAGAGGUACCAGCUCUCUUAUCUGAGUAAAGAAAUCAAAAGAGCUUUUAAGCAAAGGGCAGAAGAGUUCCGACUCUUCAUGGAUAGAGAUCUUAAUUCAAAAGGUAUCUGAAACUUGUGGGAAUUUAACUAAUGGGAACAUAACCAUUAUAUUUAAAAUGCAUCAUUAUGUAAGGACAACUUUUUAUUUUUACUUUU